UCUAGGCAGCAAGCAGACAAUCACGCGCAUACACAGAUUGGAGAUUCUGCGCGACCACUGCAUUACGAGCUUCAUCGAGAGACACUUCUUCAUUAACGGCGCUAAACCUCCUCCAGAAAACGACACCAUGGGCGUGGAAGGCUGCACGAAAUGCAUCAAAUACAUGCUUUUCUUCUUUAAUUUCAUUUUCUGGCUGGCUGGAUGUGUCAUUCUGGGGGUUUCACUCUGGCUGCGUCAUGACACUAAGACAAGCACUCUUCUGGGUCUAAAGUUAGAGGAGACAGAAGCACCCACCACUUUCUACAUAAGUGUCUACAUUUUGAUUGCUGUUGGUGCCGUGAUGAUGUUUGUUGGAUUUCUUGGUUGCUAUGGCGCCAUACAGGAAUCCCAGUGUCUUUUGGGAACAUUCUUUGCCUGCCUUGUCAUUCUGUUUGCCUGUGAGGUCGCUGCUGGUAUCUGGGGCUUUAUGCACAAAGACAAGAUUUCCAAGGAGAUGGUCAGUUUUUAUGAUUCAGUGUAUGAAAGAAGUGGAAGUGCCACAAUAUUAGAACCGGAAAAAAAGAACGCAGCCACUGCGGUGUUGAAGGUCUUUCAUGAGACUCUUGACUGCUGUGGAAAAUCGGGUAUCUCAUUAAUAGGCCUUGUAACCUGCCCUGUAACUUCUGUGGGCUGUGAUAAAAAGAUUAAUGAUCUUUUCACUGAGAAGAUCCAUCUGAUUGGCAUUGCUGCCCUGGUUGUUGCUGUUAUCAUGAUCUUUGAGAUGAUCUUCAGCAUGGUGCUCUGCUGUGGUAUCAGGAACAGCCCUGUAUACUAAAACAUUAAGGGGCAAGAUAUGAAGUUCAAAAACAGCCAAAAAAAAUAAUUUUGUUUUAUAUCUACCAUCUCAUCUUGUUUUAUUUGUACCGUCAUUUCCUAAUCAAAUCACUCAACUCUCAUAGAAAAUACUAAUUCAUUUUGUUAUAAUGACGCAGUGGAUCCACCCAUAACUAGUCUGCUUAUUGAAUACGCUGUAGUUGGCAAUGACUAGUUGCAAUCCAUAGCUAUAGCAGUAGACUUAUCAGAUAGUUAAAACACAUACACACUGCUUUAUCCAAUGAAGGAUAUCUUCAUUUAUUUGCUUGUAGUUUUUUUGUUGUAACUGUUAAGUUUCUGCUAUUGCUAAUGGUUACUAUCACUUUUUCCUAUGUAUAUGUAUAAACUGUAUAUAUUUGCAGCCCUGUAUGGCUCCUAAGCAUGAAUCUUGUAUCGAACACUCCUGUCUGAUUUCUUCUCUCAUACUGCUGUUUGUAUGUACACGUUUCUUUCUGAGAAACCACUAUAUAAACAGUGUUAGCUAGGUCAGGAGAAAGUCACAAUACAAUGCUCAAUGAAAGUAAUAGUUCAAGGAUUAAGGAUUUUUCCUGUUAUUAAAGUUGACAAGCCCUAAGUUUGCUUCUUACACAGUUUGCCAUUCAGUGGAGCUCAACCAACAGCCAGUUUGUGCAAACUCAAUGCCAAAAAGAGUACUAAUCUAUGGACAUUGCUUUUCAAACAACAAAAAAUAUUUGAGAUCACAAGAACGAGGAAGCAGAUUGUUACUCUGCCGAGUUUCACAUACAGAACUACUGAUGCGUACAUCAGGGACUGGAUGACGUGAACUCUGUCUCUCUAUGCUAUCCAAUGCUAAUAUAGUGUACUGUAAUUAAUUGCAUGCCUGUAUGUCACAAAAAAAGUUGGACACAUGUAGAAUCCUGCAACAAUUGCUGUAGUUCUUCUGCCUUUACCCCUCUUUACUGUCUAAUGUGAUUCAACUGUAUACAGGACUUUUGUAUGCCAUCUCGCCUUAUAAAUUAGACACCUUAUCCCUUAAUCUCUUCUAAAUCUGGAUUGAUUCCUUAUGGAAUUGUGUCGUAACUGUAAUGUGUUAUGACUACUUAAACCAAUGUAAGGGGUUUGCGUGAGAGUGUGCGCAUGUCUGUCUGUCUGUAAUGGGUUGACACUGAAUUUAAAAAGGCAGACAUAGAUUGUUCAGGGUUGUUUGAAUUAUUGAAUCAGAUAAUUAUUUGCCACCUUUAUAGCAGAAUUCGCUGCUGUAAUUCCCUGUCACCAUCACCAGGUGGCACUCAAACACCAUUCACUUGACAGUUAGUGACCACACCCCCUCGUGUAUGUACCUAUCAUGCACUUAUUAUCUACAGUAGAGCGCACUUAUAUAAACCUCCUCUCACACAAACACUGAUGUAUUCAUACCAGAUUUACUACAUGCAUUAUGCAACUCUGUCUUGUUAACACAUAUUGCCUAUGCUGAUAUAAGUGUCUUGUAAUAUGUACAGCUACACAGUAUACUAAUGACCAUGUAAAGACAAUGUAUGCUUUUAAUUGUGAUAUCUUUUUCUGGUACUUUGACAAAAAAAAAGAGGACCUCAGCAGAGAUUUCAGUAGAAGCAUGUAAAGUUUUUGGGGUUAUAACAGGUUAAGCAUGAUAUCGAAACUAUUAAGCAUCUUGAAGUAAUUACGAGAGCUGUUUAUGAAGUUAACUCUAAACACUUAAGGGUAUUUGAGCAGUAUCAAAUAAACUGUUGAGUUUCAUUGUGUUACUGAAACAGAACGUGACAGCUGCCACUUAAAUCUCUGCCCUGACUCAACAGUAGUAGAUUUUGGUCUGGUUUUGUUGCCCAAAUAUUUAGAAAAUUAAAUGUAUUUUACAAAUA